UUGUCGGAUGACCUCGUCCGUUGGAUAUAUCCGUAAGAGAAUCCUGGCCAUAAACUGAUCAUUCGCUACGGUCCGAGAAGGAUUGCAGAGGGUCCGGUCCGGAUCCCAUUUAUGUGUUGAACGCCACAUCUCUGCUCUGUUCUGAUGCUCUUCUUCUUCGGUAUCAAUAAUAAUCUCUUCCUCUUUGAUUCCGGUCAGCUAAACUUUUCCCCUCUGCAAUCAGUCUUCCUUCAAAUCUGUAGAGGAGUGGCGGCAAUUGGCGGUCCGUGAUGGGCAAGAAGGCGGCGGUGCUGGGGGCGUGUGUGGCGGUGGCGGCGGCUGCCGGGGCGGCGGUCUUGGUGAGGAAGCAGAUGAAGAAGUCCGGCAAGUGGGCCCGGGCCAUGGGGAUCGUGAGGGAGUUCCAGGACCAGUGCGACUCACCCAUCGGGAAGCUCCGGCACGUGGCGGACGCCAUGACAGUCGAGAUGCACGCCGGCCUCGCAUCCGAGGGUGGCAGCAAGCUCAAGAUGAUCAUCAGCUACGUUGACAAUCUCCCCACUGGUGAUGAGGAAGGACUGUUUUAUGCUUUGGACCUUGGUGGCACAAACUUCCGUGUCAUACGGGUGCAUUUAGGAGGGAAAAAAGAUGUUAUCAAACAAGAACUUGAAGCAGUCUCGAUUCCGCCACAUUUGAUGACUGGGUCUUCACAUGAAUUGUUUGAUUUUAUUGCUGCAGAGCUCGCAAAAUUUGUUGGUGGAGAAGAUGAAAAUUCCCAUCCUUUCCCUGGCAGACACAGGGAGUUGGGCUUUACAUUCUCUUUCCCAGUUAGGCAGAAAUCCAUAGCAUCAGGAACCCUUAUAAAUUGGACCAAGGGCUUCUCAAUAGAGGACGUGGUUGGAGAAGAUGUGGUUGGUGAAUUGACUAAAGCCAUGGAAAGAGUUGGCCUUGAUAUGCAUGUUGCAACAUUGGUUAAUGAUACAGUUGGGACACUGGCAGGAGGUAGAUACUAUAACCCUGAUGUCAUUGCUGCUGUUGUAUUGGGCACUGGCUCGAAUGCAGCUUAUGUUGAAAGAGCUAAUGCUAUUCCCAAAUGGCACGGACCAUUGCCAAAAUCAGGAGAGAUGGUUAUCAAUAUGGAGUGGGGCAAUUUCUGGUCAUCACAUCUCCCUCUUACGGAAUAUGAUCAUGUACUAGAUGUCGAAUCUAUGAACCCAGGAGAGCAGAUUUUUGAGAAGAUGAUUUCAGGUAUGUAUCUUGCGGAAAUUCUGCGGAGAGUUAUGUUGAGGAUGGCUGAAGAAGCUGAAUUUUUCGGUGAUAUGGUCCCACCAAAGCUGAAAAUUCCAUUCAUACUAAGGACAUAUCACAUGUACACAAUGCAUGACGACACGUCAGCAGACCUCAAGGUGGUGGGAAACAAACUAAGGGAUAUCUUGGAGAUAAGUAAUACUUCCUUAGAGAUGAGAAAAGCGAUUGUUGAGCUCUGCGAUACCAUUGCGACCCGCGGGGCCCGAUUAUCUGCAGCAGGAAUUUAUGGCAUCCUCAAGAAACUUGGGAGGGACAAGGUGAGGGAUGGGGAGAAGCAGAAGUCAGUGAUAGCUUUAGAUGGAGGAUUGUUCGAGCUUUAUACAAAGUUCCGCGAGUGCAUGAAGAAUACCCUUAAGGAGCUGCUUGGAGAAGAAGUUUCGGAGAAUGUUGUCAUUAUUCAUUCAAAUGAUGGCUCUGGUAUCGGAGCUGCCCUUCUUGCUGCUUCUCACUCUCAAUACCUCGAGGUGGAAGAAUCCUGAAAUAUCAGGAUCCGCGAUUGAAGAACUGGGAUGAUAUAUCAAUUUUUUUUUCCCUGUAUAUUUUUUCUGCAUCCUGCUUCCCCCAGCCCUGGUUUUGGAUCUUCUGGAGAUUUCGGGAUGCCAGACUUGGAUUGCCUGGGAAGAACAGAUCGCGGUCGAUAAUUAAUCGAAGCUAGUGAUGAAUUAAGGGUGAGGAUGCAGAGUGGGUAUUUCCUUAGUUUAAUUAUCUCCAUUCACCGGACAAUUGUGAAUGAAGUGGAGGUUAGAGAUGUAGUUGAGUUUCGAUGACAAUCACACAUCCGAACCUUGACUGGUAUCUCCAUCUCUGUCUCUGUAAAUAUAACGGGAUACCUAUUCUGUAGUUGCUAAAGAUGACGCGAAGGGAUCUGGCAUUUUCCAGUUGUA